GCUGCUGACUAAAUAUGACAACCAUCUGACGGAACCGUCCAACAAUGCGUCUGUGUGUGUGAGAGAGAGCGUACCAGUGUCCAUUGCUGAAAUUGGGAGAGCGUGAUAGGGUCCUGCGGCAGGAGCAACAUUUCCUGCUGCCAGCACUGUAGCACUUCUGCACUUGAUUGAUGUGAAAAUUGAAAAUUCCAACUCCAGCUCGCGGAGCCAGAGAGUGAAGAGCGCGCGUGAGAGCCCACUUGCCAGCACUCACACAUGCGCGCUCAUGCAAGGAGCUAACCGUGAGCGGUGAGCGAGCAAUUGGAGAGCGCGAGCAAACGACUGAAGGAAACCGCUCGGCAGCAGUUGGCAGAGCGACCGAGCAAUAGCAGCAGCAGCAACCAAGCAGUCAGCAGCCAGCAGAGUGAAAUUGGAAAAGUCACCCGUGCAGCCAGUUUGGUCAGUUUGGCCAGUUUGAGUGAGCGUCGAGGUCAGCAGGUAGCAGCAGCCAAGCAGUGCGCGUUUGCCCUCGCGUUUUGUGUCCUCCGUGUGUGAAUCCUUUUUUCAGUUUCGGUUUUUCCGUUUUUUAAUCUUGCGAGCUGCCCGUUACUUGCGCCCGUCCGCUGUCGCGAAAGUUGCCAAUGGUGGAAGUGUUGUUACAGCACCAGCAGCAGCAGCAGCAGCAGCGGCGGCGGCAGCUCGAGUCGUCGGUGUCAGUGUCGGUGCGGUCGUGGAGCAGUGUCGCUAGUGUGGCGUUUGUCGCCCGCGGUGUCCGUCUGUGUGGGCCCGUGAGCCCGGUUUCGGUGGUGGUGCAGGGUGCGUGCGCGCGUGACCGUUGCGGGCACUAAGAGCGUGAAAAGAGCGUGUAAGAAAAGGAAGCGAGUAGGGGCAAACGGCACCGCGCGAAGCGAAAGAAGCAAGAAAAGCAAGAGAAGCAAGCGAAGAGGAAAAGGAAGCAAGCUAUAAGGUUGUUGAAGCGAGCGAGCGAAGAAGCAAAAGAAAAGAGGGUGCAAGCAAACGGGGCUGCCGGAAAACGCACUGUGGCGAAGUUGCCGUGGCAUUGCCGGAAGUGACGUGCUGGGGGGAAGACGAAGAACAGGCGCGCGGCAACCGGUGGGUGGGAGGAGGAGGAGGAGAAGGAGGCGGGACGUUACGGCGCAUCGGCGGACGAUGAUGGUGGGGCCAUGAGCCCGAGCCCCGAGGUCGUUGCGAGCCGCAAGCGCGUCUCAAGCGGGCCUGCACCAUGCUAGCGCCGCCGAACCCGAGGUCAAUAUGCGGCCAGGACCCGGGCUGGUCGUGAUGGCGCUUGCGUUUAUUUCGGGGGCUCGGCGAGGCACCGGUCAACAGAGCAGCAGUGCCAGUCAGAGUGGCAGGUUGGGCAUAGUUGGAGAAGACAAUACGGGAGCAGGCGGCGCACUAACGCGGAUCAAUCCGUGGCUUUCGGCGUGCGAUCUGGAGCAGCCCAACUCGGCACCGGAUCUCCAGGGUCAAUGUUCAGCCGGUACACUGCCUGUGGCCUGGAUAGACGAAGGUCCUGGACCACCGCGGUGUCCACCGCCAUGUGCAACGCUGCGUGCACAUGCCGCGUCUACAAAGUAUGAGACCAAGCUGCAAACAUUACGUUUAAGACAUUGUUGUGAGCGUACCGUUGGCAGUGCUUUACACAACGCAGCCUACGCCGACGUGCUGCACGGCGGACCGGGCUGCACCGGGCGGCUGACCGAGCUGCUCGAGACGGACGCGCUGGCGGCACGGAUCACAUGCGAAUUUACCGAGGUGCUGAUACGGUACGACUGCGGACAGCCGUACUCUAUCAUCCACCACUGUGAGGAUUGUAAGGAGGCAUAUCGAAGGUGGGGCUGCAGUGUUUUUAUACCGUACUUCACGUCGAGGGACGACAUCAAAAGUGUUAACAAUAAAACCGGUGAUCGAGACAGUGACCGUGCUACCCAGGGGAAAUCGAACGCCAUCUUUGGGGACGCCGCGAACAAGCAGACUGAACCGAACAUGAACGAUGCAAACAAACAGCAACUAGUAAAAAAUAUAUCAAUCACUGUAAAAAGUUCACGCCGAAAAACGCAACGAGUACGAAUACGACCAUGUCUAAACGUAUGCCAAACCGUAGAGCAAAAGUGCCCGUAUAUGCUGCCGGGCGAUCGGGCUCCAGCCUAUCCGACGCAGUACGCCGGCGAACCGACGUUUCUUUGUCGAGAUCUUAACAUCGAAGAAACGGGCGAACAACUGCGAAAGUCAAACAACGGCCCGACCGGUUGCUGCUACGACUACUGCGGCCUGAGCCCGAUCGAUGGCCUGUGCGCACGCUGUGAUCCGCUGCAUAACGAGACGCGCCACCCGGACAGUGCGGCGCUAGCGUUGAGCAGCGAACCACCGGCGGUAUCGGCCAGCUGCCCGAGCAUCACCACCCCGACGAGCAGCUCCUCCCAGUCCGAGCAGUGCCGGUUGUCGCAGGGCGGCAUCGCGUCCACCGCUACGACCAGCUCUCCCAGCACCACCAUCACCGCCACCACUGCUGGCCGCGGCAGCAGCAGCAGCAGCAGCAGUACCACCGCCAGUACCACCGUCAGUAGCCGAAGAGUAGUAGCGGGAGACAGUACCACCACUACCACGGCGAUGUCAAUGCCGUCGGGCGUCUCGUCGCCCGUGCGGGCCGUUUCGUCUCUGCUGCGUGCGGUCUGCGCACUCGGCUCGGUCUACCGGACGCACACGAGCGGUGUGCAGUCGUGGAUCGCGAUGGUGGCCGUACUGACCGUCGGUACCGAACUGGUCGCCUGGACGAAGCAGCUGGUCCAUCUGCUGGUGGUGUUAUAGCUCGCGGUCCGAGGGCUCCGGCAGCUGAACCGGACCGCAACAUUCUGCCCCCGGUUUGACCGGCUGCACCACCAGCAAUGUACCACCAUCAGCAACAAAGUACCCCGUCUCAGGACACUUCCGUUUGGGGGAACGACGAACCGACGAACCGUAACGCACGGGUAAGGUCUAGUGUGUCAAGCAGUGUGUAAAUCAUACCGGAGGAGAAGUGCAGUGCGCUACAUCAACGUUAGAGCGCAUGAAUGUAGCGUGUUGCAAAAUUCGAGAAAAAAACAGAGGAAAAACCAACAAACAAAACCGAAAAUGAAAAAUUACACCAUAGCAAGUGUCACAUUGAAAGAAGCAACACAAAUAACAAAACAACAAACAAAACAAAGAAAAAAGAAAACCCCAAAUAAUAAUAAUAAAUAAUAAUAAUAACGAUAAUAGCUGCAAAUUGAGAGUCCAAUAGGGGUGCGAAAUAGCGAUCAGAUUUUAGGAGCAAAUCGGAGCACCGUAUAGCGAAAGGGAAAAUUCCGUUCGCCGAAACGAAACAAAAAAUACACACACUCAACAAUAAGCUAAAUAAGAAAGAAAACACAACCACAAAACACACAUGUCACACAACACACUGAAACAAAAACUAGUGCAAUAAACGAAAGAAAAACACCCAAUCCAAUUUGAAGAAACAAGAAAAUUUAACGAAUAAUGAAAGAGAAACAUUGAGUAGUAAAUGAAGAAAACAAACAAACAAACAAACAACACUACGGAAAAGGAAAAACACAGAAAAAUAAAACAACAACCACCACAUCGGAAUGUGUAGUAGUACACGAUGGUAAGGAUCCAGCGAUGGAUCGCGGGGAGAAAUAAUUACUCCACACGAAACCGAUAUUUGUAACAAAAAGCUUAACAAAUAAGCAAUUCACCAAGUUAAGAAAAUAAAACCAGAACAGUGUAGCGUGUAACAUGACUUUUGGAAAAUGGGGGAAGUGAAGUGAAGGGAACCGUCUGCCAAACUUCUGUAGUACGAAUAAGGCAACAAACAAAACUAACGAAUAACGCAGAGGAAGCAAAAGGUAGCCAAAGCGUCCUCGAAUGUCCCGAAACACACGGUUGCCGGCUGCCACGAUUGGAGGAGCUUUUGUGGUGUGAAAGCAAAGGGUAAGAAGUAACAGAAACAUACGCGUAUACAAUAAUGUUACAACGCUGAAAAGGUGGGGGGAAGGAAACAACAGUAUAACAGUGGGUAGGGAGCAGUAUAACAGAGGCGUUUGGGUGAAACAUACCCUCAGCAGCGGAAAGCCAUGAAGGUGUUACAUCACAAAUAACAUUAACAACACUGAUGGACAAUUUAGGUGAAAUAUUAAAUUUAUCUUAUUGCUAAGAUUUAGAGAGCAGAGAAACAGAAAAAAUACACUGGUGGAUAUAAGAAUGUUAAACCGGUUUAGGGCAAAGUAACACAUGCAUAAUGAAAUCCACAAUUUAUUGACCGAGGUACCGGGGUGCAAGCAUGCAACUAGUGAAACUCGGGUUUGAUUGAAUGAGUGGUGAAGAUACCACAAAAUACCGCUCACAUACACACUUCGUUGCACUAACACGUAAGCAAUAAAACGUGUAAGUGUGUAUGUGUGGGUAAGAGUCUAUGUAUGUGUGUAUUCACACUCGUAUUCAAUAACACACGAGACCGUCGUGGUUUUGCAAACCUUCACUCGUUUUAAAUGUACGUCAAACAAACCAAACAUCAACAGCAAACAACCUAAUAGUUGUCGGGCUAAGUAGUUGUAAUUAUCUCGGUAUCCUCUCUAUCGCAUGGCUAGCGUUGGAGGCAUUAAAACAAACAAAAAAUCACGAAACAGGCAACGUAUUUGCGUGUUUCUGAUAUUUUGUUGUACAAUUUGGCCAACCAAAACCGGAAAACGAGAUUCGCCACCAGAUGGAGGUAGGGGCAUUAACAUACCUUUGCGAAAUGCGAUACAUAGUAAGUUGUAUAAAGAAAGGGUAGGACCGAAAGGAAUUAAUGUUGGACCGGCGGUGGUGCGCGCUGGAGGUGUGUUAGUUUUGUUCGUUGUGAUGUGACAAGUUGUUGUUUUUUCGCGGGAAUCGUUUUAUGUUACGUUUGUGUUGGAGCUGAAUUUCGUACAUGCGGGUUCCACGUUUAGUGUGGGGUUAUUGGGAGGUAGGGGAAGAAAAGUGAGUAAGGACACCAUAGAGCCUGCGGAACCGGAAGGUGGUGUUAGUAGUGUAACAGAAAGUACAGAAGGAGAGAGAGGAAAAAUACACACAAAAGAAAAACAAUGCUAUUACUACUAAGAGAUGACUAAUCCGCAGGAAUGUGAGAUGUGCACUAGUUUUUAUUAAAGAAAAAAAACAACCUUCCAACUAGCGCAAUACCAUGCAAGCGUGCUAGCGUAUAGACACAGCAGAAGUGGAAGGAACAGCAUAGGAAAACCGUUGCACCGAUCACCGAUAAACACGUCGUAUACACACACACACACACACACACACACACACACACACACACACACACACACACACACACA